AUGUCUAUUCCUCUGAAUGAUCAGCUUUCGCAAGCUGAGUCAAGUUGUGGAUCGCUUUUGUAUGAACUUCAGAUAAUAUGGGAUGAAGUUGGGGAGACUGAGCCUGAUAGAGACAGAAUGUUGUUUGAGCUUGAACAAGAGUAUCUUGAAGUUUAUAGAAGGAAAGUAGAUCAGGUGAAUCGGUCUAGAGCUCAACUAAGGCAAGCGAUUACUAAUUGUGAGGUUGAACUUGCAGCCAUCUGUUCAACAAUAGGAGAGCGUCUCGUUCACAUUAGACAGUCAGAUCGAAAUGUCGGAAGCCUAAAGGAAGAGCAUGCAAGAUUUCUUCCACAGUUGGAAGAGAUGAAAAAGCACCAUAUUGAGCCGAGAAAUCCUGAAGCUUAUUUCGGCCAGUAG